CUUUUGUUUACCCAUCGUCCCUGAGUUUACCUAACUAACCUUAGCGACUAAACUAUGGAAACUGCCCGAGCAGCAUCACCGCCGGACGGCGAUAACGGUUUCCCCGGUUCACGCUGCCAAAAGACGGGUAUGUGCAGUCUGCUCCCAAUAACACCUCCUGAAGUUUUAUCCGUAAACUUGGACGGCCACUCUUGUGACGCUACGUUUUGACACCUGUGGAACGGGCAACUGCUGGUAACCUGCCUGUGCACUGGAGGAGCGAGUGACACCAGGAUGGGAGGGCUAGCAAGACUGUGCCAGAACUGAGGCCAAACUCUCACUCACCUGCUGCAUUUAGGACUGCUACUCAUUUUUUCGUAGCAACUUGUCGGCAGAGCUGUUUGACAAAGGAGACAAGCUCUGGAUAUUCCCUGUGUCCCUGCGUGAGCACAGCCCGGACACACAUCAUGACUCACUGAAUCAAUGGACACGAAAAAGUUCCCUGGCACUAUGUUCAGGCAAGCGGACGCAUCAUCCAAGAGACGCCCCUGUGCUGGAAGUGGACUGAACUUGCCCGAACCAUCCCCAGCCCCCUCCUCCCUCCAGCAGGGCCGUAUCCGCGCUGUGGAGGUGGCACGAGGGAGAACAGGGUAUGGGUUUACACUGUCAGGCCAAAGCCCAUGUGUCCUCAGCUGCAUCCUGAAAGGGAGCCCUGCAGACUAUGUGGGCCUACGUUCUGGAGACCACAUCCUCUCUGUCAACGACAUCAAUGUGUCCAAGGCGUCACAUGAAGAUGUGGUCAAACUGAUUGGACGCUGCUCUGGUGUUUUAAAAUUAGUCAUCGCUGAGGGAGAGCGGCACCGGCGACACCAUCACCACCAACGCACUGCUGGAAGUCGCCAUCACAGCAGCAAUACAAUGGCAGCAUCUCACCUGGACUCGUGUUCGAGCGAGGAUGAGUUGGAUGGUUUCUAUGACAAUAGUGUUAACAACAACAAUAACAGCAGGUCAGGCUGUGGAGCUCGAGGGGGUUGGUGCAAACCCAAGUUGGAUUCUAAGCAGUUGGGCAUAAACAGGGCUGAGAAGGUGGUGGCGGAGCUGCAGUCUGGAGGGAUUUUUAAUAUGAUCUUUGAGAACUCCAGCCAGUCGUCCAGUAGCUCGGACAAGGAGAGGCCUGGGGUUAGCUCAUCAUCAAAACCUCGUCCUCUGUCUCACCCAGAGUUCCCACCAUACCGGAACUCCUCCCGUAGCCAGAGCAAUCCCAACCUACUGUCUGAGGAGGAGAUGGCCCAAGUCCUGAACGAUGAUUCAGUCUUCGUGGACUCAGACUUUCAUCAUCUCAACCUUCAUCCACAUGAAGACCAAGAUGUGGAUGUAGGGGAUGGGGGCGACUUGGGCCUAGAGCCUGGCGAAGGCAUCCUCAAUGUGGGCAUGAUUGUUGGCUACCUGGGCUCCAUUGAGCUGGCCUCCUCUGGGACGAGCUUAGAGAAUGACAGCCUGCAAGCCAUCAGGGGCAGCAUGAGACGCCUCAGAGCGGAGCAAAAGAUUCAUUCACUGGUUCUUAUGAAGGUCAUGCAUGACAGUGUGCGUCUGUGCAGUGACAGAGGUCAGGUCCUGGCCACCUAUCCUGCAGAAAAACUAGCCUUCAGUGCUUGCUGUCCUGACGACCGGCGAUUCUUCGGACUGGUCACAAUGCAGGCCACUGACGACCAUGACUAUCAUCGCUUCAGCAUCGGACGAGAAGAAGAGGGCGGUUUGAGGACUUCCUGUCACGUGUUCAUUGUGGACCCAGACCUCUGUCACCACCAGGUCCAUUUAACCGUAGCCAAGAGGUUUGGUUUUGAGUGUACCCCUGACCCAGACAUAGGAGGCUGCCUUGAAUUCCCACCCAGUUCUCAGCCUGUCCUCCAGUUUGUCUCCGUCCUCUACCGGGAUAUGGGGGACAACAUUGAGGGAGUUCGUGCUCGGGCCUUCCAUGAUCCAGACAACGACGCCCAACAGAACCACAGCACCAGCAGCAACAGCGAUAGUGGGAUUGGCAACUUUUUACCAGAGGAGAAGAGCAACAGAGUGCUCUUAGUAGACCUUGGAGGUCCUCCCAAUCACAACCACGUCUCUGGGCUACGCUACUGGGACAGUCCCCCUUCCUCCCAGCAGGCCUGGAGCCCCACCCUAGGAGCUGCAGCCUCUCACCCACCUCCUCCUCCUCCGCCAGCUCUGAGAAACGGCCACUACCGUCACGAUCCACACCUGGCUGACCUUCCUCACCCGCUCCCCUUAGCUCAUCCUGAUGUCCCCAGCAGACACUCGCGAGGGGUCCACCCUCACCACUACCCACCAGCGAAGCGGGGAGGAGCUGUUGGGGGAGGAGAAAAGAGAGGGGCUGGAGGAGCAGUAGGGGUGGAGCCCCAGAGGUGGCUGCCAGUCCAUGUGCUGAGAGACUGGCGUCAGCAGCACCACCACAGCCACUUCCAGGGCCUGAGCAGUGAUCAGGAGUCCUAUGCUGAAUCCACUGACGGGUGGUCAUCAGCCAACUGCAGCACCUUGCCCCCACCCAUGAAUAAGAUCCCAGCCGACCGCUACCGGGCCCCGCUAGCCCCUGGAGACCACCUGCCACCACCUGGAGUGAGCCACCCUCCUCCUCCUUCACGUCCCCACUCCCACACCCACCGGCGGGCUGUUCAGAAAGAUGAGUGGGCCAAGAAGCUGUUUGGUACUGGAGACAGGGAGCGGUCUGGAGCACACAGAACUGAAAGAGAGAAGAAACGAGGGAAUGCAAAGGAAGGAGAGAAAAAGGGUGGUCGGUUCCGCGGUCUGACAAUGGGCUUCCCUCCUCUCCCACAGCGCUCCUCAGGCAGGCGCUCCUUUGGACGCUCCAAACGCCUCAGCCUGGCCCGCUCCCUAGACGACCUGGAGCAAACUUUGAGCCAGGAUUCUGAAACGACUGCUGAUCCUUCUGCUGCUGUCUCCGAUGGAGAGCUGAACAGCGUGGAGCUGCAGGGCUGCAGCAGCGACAACAGUCUGAAUAGUAAUGCCAGCCUGCCCAGUGUCCAGAGCCACCGGCGCCACACUGAGAGGAGAGUGGCGAGCUGGGCCGUCUGCUUCGAGAGACUGCUGCAGGAUCCCGUGGGAGUCCGCUACUUUUCGGAGUUCCUAAAGAAAGAGUUCAGUGAGGAGAACAUCCUGUUUUGGCAGGCAUGUGAGUUCUUCAGCCACAUCCCUGAGAACGACAAGAAGCAGCUCUCUCAGCGUGCCAGGGAGAUCUACAACAGCUUCCUGUCCAGUAAAGCGACAACACCGGUCAACAUAGAUAGUCAAGCUCAGCUCGCUGAUGACAUCCUCAAUGCCCCCCGACCCGACAUGUUCAAGGAGCAGCAACUGCAGAUCUUCAACCUGAUGAAGUUUGACAGCUACACACGCUUCCUCAAGUCUUUGCUGUACCAGGAGUGCAUGCUGGCUGAGGUGGAGGGUCGACCUCUGCCUGACCCUUACCACAUCCCCAGCAGCCCCACCUCCAAACAUAGCACCACCGGCUCUGACCGCUCCAACCUCUCCACACCCAAGAAGGAGGACAAAAAGAGCAAAUCUGGUCGAUCUUUGAAUGAGGACAGCAGAGAUGACUCAGGAGACCGGAGGAAAGGCAUGUUCUUCUCCUGGUCCCGCAACAGGAGCUUCGGCAAAGGCCCCAAGAAGCGAGAGCUGGCAGACUUCAACUACAAUUUCUCCGGCAGUAAUGGUCGCCGUGAGUCACAGGGUUCACUGUCAUCAGGAGCCAGUCUGGAAUUGGGGACGUCCGGGUCCGGGAGGAAUGAGGGUGAAGUUUCCCGUGGUGCAAUAUCGGUGUCAACAGAGCGUGGAGGGGGCAGCGCCCCCUUGAGGCAGUGUAACAUAAGCUUGCCGGACGGCUCAUGUUGCUCUGUGCCACUGAGGGCUGGAGUGUCCAUCAGGGACUUGCUGCUGGGCCUCUGUGAGAAGCUCUGCAUCAACUUGGCAGCUAUAGACCUCUUCCUGGUCGGAGGGGAGAAGCCACUUGUUUUGGACCAAGACUGUAUGACAUUGUGCUCUCGGGACCUCCGACUAGAAAAACGCACUCUCUUCAGACUUGACUUAGUCCCUAUUAAUCGGUCUGUGGGCCUAAAAGCUAAACCCACCAAGCCAGUGACUGAAGUCCUCAGGCCUGUGGUCGCAAAAUACGGCCUGCACCUCGCUGACUUGGUGGCACGCAUUAGUGGGGAGUCUGAACCUUUAGAUCUAGGUCUUCCUAUUUCCAACCUGGACGGGCUGCGAGUGGUGUUAGACAUAGCAGAAAACACUUCUGGAAAAGCAGACAAACAGAAGGCAGUUCCGCCUAAGAGUCACAUCCCGGCCUCCACAAGCAGAAACCAAUCAACAACAGGGGAGGAUAGGCCAUCAGCCCACCCCCGUGGGGAAAACGGCAAGGCUGGGCACAGCCCUGACCCAAGAGGCCUGGCUUUACCCAACCACUCUGUCUCUCUGCAUAAGGCUCCGGAGAAAAGAAAGCAGAAAAAGAUAAAUAUAGACGAAGCUGAAGAGUUCUUCGACCUCAUAUCCAAAGCUCAGAGCAACCGAGCAGACGACCAGCGAGGCCUGCUAAACAAAAGUGACCUGCAGCUUCCAGACUUUCUGCGCCUGUCGCCAGUGGCAACCAACCCGGCUGCGCCUCCUCCCGAUGACAUUGAGCCCAGUUGCUCCACCCCUAAUUCCUGUAACCCCAACAACGGCAGCUUCCCCAGCAGCAGUCGCCGGGGCAAUAAGACAAACAGCAAUGACAGGGGAGGAGGAGGUGGCAUCCAUUUGCUCAGCGCGAGCCAUCAGUCCCAGAGCUUGGACUCUGCACUGGGCACUGAGAGUGGAGGGGCGAGGAAAUCCAGACCACUUCCUCCAUUUCCUGGCACCAUCUCCCCCAUCCACUCCUCAUCUAGCAGGGGAGAGUCGGUCCAGAUGCUGGAGGAGGACACAUUGUCUGAUCUGACUCUCGUGGGAGAGGGGGACAUUAACAGCCCAAGCCUCAACUACAUCACUCCCUCAGCCUUCCCCUGCAAACCCCAACCCCGACCCCAACAACAAGCACAGGCCGGUCGGCCUAGCUCAGGUACUUUUCCUGUGUGAAACUUUUGAACUUUCACCUCUUCCUUCCCUUGAGUGCAAGGGGGACUGGAGAACCACUCAAGUCAGUCUACGUUCAUUGUUGGUCUAUGGCUGAUUGGCCCAGAAUGCCUCAGAUCUCCUCCCUUACCUCAUUCACUUAGUGCUAAAAUAUCUCUCAAUUUAAUACUGACUUUCUACAGUUGAAAGUUAAUUUCAGAAAUGUUUAAUCUCAGAGUUAAGUGUAAAUAUACAGUAACCAUGUAAAAAUACAAUACAUACAAUAGAAAUGAGUGUCCAUAUAGUUAACAGAUGGACAGUCAGUUAAUAUAGUGAUUUCAGGCAUCUACUUUAAGUCAACAACAGCCUGAAGAUAAAAUAGAGCAGGCACAUUGAGAGAAGAAAGAUGGAUGCAUUAGCGCUGGACACAAGUUGGCCCUGUGAUUUCCCUGCGUGGUGUGUUUGUGUGAACUCGUGAGACUUGCUGUGGAUUUUUCUUCAGAGACGUGAGCUCAAGGAUGAGCUCGGGACGAAUUGAUGAAUUGAUGAGGACCAGUGCCAAACUCCCUCCUACACACACACACACACACACACACACACACACACACAUCCCCUCCAGUGUACACAGUCUAACAAUGCACUUUAGCAAUUACAAUAAUGAAACUUUAAAAAUCUUCACGUUUUCCUAAAAUCAAAUAAAAAAUAUAUUUUUAAUCCUCCAAAAGGUCUGUUUCAUGCGACAGGUGGUUGAGCUGCCAUAUGUUCAGAAGCUCAUUGACAAUGUGUGCUUACAGUCAUUCGCUGUCACAACAUCCAAAGUGUUAAGGAAGCUUCAGUUCUGCACUUACAAGUGGACCACGUGUUAUUUUCAACUUAUUCCAUGCUCUUCAGCACACUGACCCCAUAAAUACAAGCAUAUGCCACCACCAUGAACACAGUCAUUUGAAUCAGCUGUUGUUUGUCGUCUCAAGCACAGUACCUUCUGUGUUUCCACUCACAUCAAGCAUCUCUCGUGUCACCCAUGAAAACAAAGAACUGUGACCAAAUGAUCUAGAAACGUCUAUGCUGACUAUAUGAGCAGUCUUCUCAUUUUCAUCUCCACUUUGUGUCAACGCAGGAUGUUUUCUCUCUCUCUCUCUCUCUCUCUCUCUCUCUCUCUCUCCACAUUCCAGCAAUUCAACCGUGUUUUAGCUGUUCUUCCCAGCAGGGUUCAACCAUGUCAAACCGUUUCACUUUUUGAAGGUUUUACUGAUACCUUAUCUCGAGAAAACAUUAAUUUAUCCCUUGUCCCAAAAGUAUUAACUUGUAUAUAGUCUUUUUAGUGAAACCAACGUAUUGUUGUAGCCAUGGUUAAAAUGUAAUGCAGCCAAUGCCGUUGCUUCAGUUGUGUCACAGUAGAAAUCAAUUCUCUGCUCAGUUGACUGUACUGUCUGUAAAUAGAUCAAAUAAAUGUUUUAGAGGUUGAA